CUGAUUUUACACAAAUUCUGAUAGUAGUAGUGAUAGUCAAGCAGAUCUGUCCACCACAUUCUCCUAACUAAACCCUACUUUCUCUGUUUGAUCGGAGUAACUGAAGAUGGGAGGAGUGGAUGCUCAAAAUGGAGAAACAAGUUGUAGUUUUCUACUACAGCAGUUGCAGCAAAUUUGGGAUGAGGUUGGUGAAACUGAUGAAGAUAGAGAUAAGAUGCUUCUUCAGAUAGACCAGGAGUGCUUGGAUGUUUACAAUAGAAAAGUUGACCAAGCAGUGAGAUCGCGGGCUCACCUUCUUCAGGCUUUGGCAGAUGCCAAAGUUGAAUUCUCUAGGCUGCUAUCAGCCCUUGGAGAGAAAACAUAUGAUGGAAUUCCUGAGAAGAAUUCAGGAUCAAUCAAGGAACAACUUGCAGCUAUAGCACCAGCACUGGAAAAACUGUGGAAACAGAAAGACGAAAGAGUAAAAAAGUUCUUGGAUGUACAAUCACAAAUCGAGAAGAUUGGCAGCGAGAUUGCAGGGACUAGUGAGCAAGUAGAGAGUCCUAAAGUAGAUGAGUCUGAUUUGUCUCUUAAAAAGCUGGAUGAGUUUCAUGCACAGCUUCAAGAUCUUCAAAAAGAAAAGAGUGAGAGACUGCACCAAGUCCUUGAUUUCGUGAGCACAAUACAUGAUCUAUGUGCUGUUCUCGGCAUUGACUUCUUUAGUACUGUCACUGAAGUUCACCCAAGCCUGAACGAUUCUACUGGUGUACAAUCGAAAAGUAUAAGCAAUGACACACUAUCAAGUCUGGCUAGAACUGUCUUAGCACUAGAGGAAGAUAAGAAGCAAAGAUUGCAGAAGCUCCAAGAACUUGCAACUCAACUGAUUGAUUUAUGGAAUUUGAUGGAUACAACCGAAGAAGAACGGAGCUUGUUUGACCAUGUCACCUGCAACAUAUCUGCUUCAGUUGAUGAAGUGUCCAUUCCUGGAGCUCUUGCUCUUGAUCUGAUUGAACAGGCUGAAGUGGAAGUUGAAAGACUUGAUCAGCUAAAAGCUAGCAGGAUGAAGGAGAUUGCUUUCAAAAAGCAGGCAGUGCUUGAAGAGAUUUUCGCUUGUGCCCACAUAGAGAUUGACUCCGAGGCUGCUCAAAACAAAAUUAUGGCACUAAUUGAUUCUGGGAAUACUGAGCCUGCAGAGUUACUUGCGGACAUGGACAACCAGAUUGUGAAAGCAAAAGAGGAGGCUGAUAGCAGGAAAGAAAUAUUGGAUAAAGUUGAAAAAUGGAUGGCAUCUUGUGAAGAAGAGAGCUGGCUUGAAGACUACAACAGGGAUCAGAACCGGUAUAAUGCAAGCAGAGGUGCACACUUAAAUUUGAAGAGGGCUGAAAAGGCUCGGAUAUUGGUCGGCAAAAUUCCAGCUCUUGUGGAUUCCUUGAUUGCCAAAACAAGAGCAUGGGAACAAGAUCGUGACACCACAUUCACAUAUGAUGGUGUUCCACUUCUUGCCAUGCUAGAUGAAUAUAUGAUGCUCAGGCAAGAUAGAGAAGAAGAGAAAAGAAGGUUGAGGGACCAGAAGAAGUUCCAUGAGCAGAUCAAAGAACAAGAAACACCAUUUGGAUCAACACCAAGCGCUGCUCGACCCCUUGGUACAAAGAAGGUGGUGGGUCCAGGAGCAAACGGGUCAGGCAACAGAAGGCUGUCUCUUAACUCACAUCAAAAUGGUUCCAGGUCAACAACUAAAGACGGGAAGAGAGACCACUCGAGAACGGUUGCUCCUGUAAACUAUGUAGCCACUUCAAAAGAUGAUGCAGACUCUCACAUUUCUGGAACUGAACAUAUUCCCAGCACACAAUAGUAACUACUGAAUUAGAGACAUAUGUGCAGUAUCUUUUGUUGUGAUUAGUAGCCCGGAUCAUGUAGCAGGAUAAAUUUUUCGAUGAGUAAUCACGUAGAGACCGAUUAGCUGUUUGUGUUAUAGUGGUAAUAUUAGAAAUUCCUUUGAAUCAUUUGCAUUUGUCUGAA